AUAAAGCUUAUCAAAACUGACUUACUCUUUUUGUUCAGGAGAUUUAAAGUGAAAGUAGCACUGAGCAAGACUAUGAAGUGUGACAUUAAAUCUGAACCAGGGAUCACAUCACCCAGUGGUUUCCUAUCAAAUCCAAAUGAGUUGACUAUUUCCAAAGACAAUGAUGAUGAAGCUGAGAUUAUGAAUCCAGGGAUUUUGUGUGCAGUAAGAGCAGGUGAAAAAGUCUCCCUCCUGAAAAGGAUAAAAGAUUACGUAAAGGUCACUCAACGACUCGUAGACAAUCAAGGGAAUUCAAUACUUCAUAUUGCUGCUGCUUUGGGCCAUAUCCAUAUAGUGGAGUAUAUAAUCUCUAAAUUCCCAAAUCUUCUACAAGAAGAGAAUUUGAUGGGUGAGACAGCUCUUCAUGUUGCAGCCAGAGCAGGCAAUCUCAAUAUUGUUGAGAUUCUUGUUCGAUCCAUUACAGAGUCUUCUUUGUACGAUGAGUUAAUUGAUUCUAAAAUCAAGAACGGAGAUACUGCACUACAUGCUGCGUUGAAAGGAAAACAUGUAGAGGUGGCUUUCUACCAUGAUGUCACGAGUCGCAUACAAAGUCCAGAAAGAUACAAGGAUAGUGUCAAUACUCUUAUGGUGACUGCAACACUCGUAGUAACUGUGACCUUCGCUGCAGGUUUGACAUUACCCGGUGGUUACAUGAGUUCUGGUCCAGAUUUAGGCAUGGCUGCAUUGGUCAAUGAGUUGAAUUUUAAGGUAUUUCUGCUGUUCAACAACAUUGCAAUGUGCACUUCUGUGAUGACGGCUCUUAUUUGGGCACAACUGGGUGAUGCUCUUCUGACAAAGAAAGCUUUUCAACUAGCUUUACCACUUCUGUUAACGGCUAUUGUAUCAAUGAUGAUGGCAUCUGUGGCUGGAAUCACUCUUGUGGUGAGCGAUCUCCCAUGGCUUUCCCAUCUUGUAUUAGCCAUAGAUUCAGCCUUCUUGGUAAUCUUGAUGCUACUUAUCAUUCCUCCCUGUUCUGUUCUGUUUUGUAUCAUUGAUGAUGGAUGGUUAGUGUUCUUUUAUGAGUGAGUUUGUUUUUAACAGUUUUGUAUCUCACGAGUUUGUAAUUGUGUUUUUACAAAGUAACCAAAGAGCUCACAUGAUCCCGACUUUGCUCCUCUCGAUUUCAACGGCCCAUUCUCUGUUUCACAAAUAAGAAACCUAAUUUAUCUUGAAAUGAUAAAUUGUUACGCACUAGAUAAUUUUACGUAAAAAUAACAAAUAUGACCGUUACGCACUAAAACUCAAAUAAUUUAAUUUUACGCAAAUAUGACCGUUGUGAGCCUAAUUGAAAUCUCCUUAUUUUGCAGCCUAAUUGAAAUCUCCUUUUUCUUAACCUCGUCAGAAAAAAGGAAACAAUAGAGAGACUUUCCUUUUUUCAAUUGAACAACGUUUGCUUAUAAAUACUCACUCUUCUUCCUUGUGAAAUCAAAAUUCUUCAUCUUUCAUCUUUUUCUCUUUUUUCAUACCUCUAGAUUCUUCCGCAGCAAAGCUCUGCGAUUUUGUUGGUCCGAUCUUUCAUCUUUCAUCGAGACUAAAACUAAAGAAACCAUCUUUCAUCUUUUUCUUUUUUUAAUACCUCUAGUCUCUAGAAACCAUCUUCUGGAUCGAGACCGUACGUGAAGGAGAUGAUCCAUUCAGAGAUUGAAGUGAGCCGAGGAUCAAUGUAACGAUUUCAUCCGUAGGAUUGGUCGGAGGAAGACAUCUCGUUUCGGGAAUGAUCCCCAUCCUCUGAUUCCAGGUCGGCUCUACCCUAAUUUCACCGUUCUCAUGAGAUUACGAAGAAAAACAAAGCGGCAAUAAAGAAGAUUACAGAGACAGGGAGGGUUAGUGAAGGAGAGCACCAAGACGGCGAUGGAUACGAGACGGUGUUUCCAUGGCUGAGAUCAUGAAUACGUCGCCUGAGGAUGAUCUCUGCGUUUCGUCGAUAACACGAGCAUCAAGGUACCUCUCUUAAUUUCCUUUUUUCUCUCUUAAUAAGAUUUUUAUUUCU